ACGUUCGAAAAUGUUUUUUUUAAUUUCAACAGGAAGGUAAAUAGUAUUAUUGUUGAAAGUUGAUUCUCAAAAAAAAAAAACAAGAUCACAGACUAUGUUAAAAGUGCACACAAUUCACAGACACGGUUUCAAUCUAAAAACUGUACAAAUAAUGUAAUCGCGUUGGCGUCCGAACAGUGUGUGUGUGUGUGUGUGGUGAGUUUUCCAAGCACAUCUACUCGAAUAAUGAUCUCCACUCGGAUUCCCUCUACUAAGUUUUGAAGUCUCCAAAAACAUAGUUACUCAAAAGAAGUACUAUACAAAAUCAAACCGCAGCCGUCGCCAUGAAUACACAGGACAUAGCCGCGUACGAAAACGAAAUGAAGACGUACGAAGUGAUGAUGUCACAGUUCUACGAUCCGAGUUCGACCAACGAACUCAAGUACAAAUUACAAGAGGAGUUUGACAAGUUUGGCGAACAAGACAAGUGUUGGGUGCAGUGUUGCUAUAAUCUGGAGAACAGUAGAAAUCAAUAUCUGUUGAUGUUCAGUUUGAAUACAAUGGAGAUGAUCAUCAACAAGAAAUGGGAAAAAAUGACGUUGAAAUCCCAAGAAACCCUAAGGGAAGCAAUUUUCAAUCAUAUUGUAAUGAAGCACGAUAAUUAUCCAAAAUUUAUGAUCAGUAAAAUGGUCAAACUACUGGUAGACAUAGCUAGAAACGAUUGGCCAGUGCGGUAUCCUAAUUUUAUUGAUCACAUUAUUCAAUUGCUCAUGAACCCAGAUCAAGUCCUAUUGGGUCUAUCCUUUUUACUAUUGUCGUCCGAAGAAUUCAUCAGCCCCAAAGAAGAUCUUUUAGGAAAAAGAAAACAAGAUUUGAGAGUGAAUUUUCUAAAACACAUUCCAAAAUUGUUUGAAAUAUUAUCAGACAUACUUAAAAAUGCUCAUAAAACAUCCAACUUAGAUGAAGUGUAUGAAGCCGUGACAAAAGUGUUUUCCGAUAUGUUCACUUGGCUACCAUUUGAAAAAUAUUUGACUCAAGACCUGUUGCACACGUUGUUACCAUUAGCAAAAAAAGAGAACGCAACAGCUAUUAAUACAUUGACCAUAUUUAAUGAAGUGUUAAGCAAAUCGUAUACACAGACUGAAGAUAGGUAUUACAUUCUGUCUGAAUUAUGUAUAUAUACAUUCCAAUUAGUUGAAAAUAUAGUUGCUGUGCCGGACAUUGGAUUCGUUAGUGAAGCGUAUUUGACAAUACUUACUGAAAUUUUAUCAGUCGUAAUAAGGAAAUAUUGGAAUUUCCUUGACAAUCACUUUCCCAACGGAGAGUUUUUAGAUAUGUUAUUACAAUUUACAUUCCAGCAUUUUGUAAUAGACUGUUACUAUCAAUGUUUAGAUAUAUGGUGUGGAAUAUUCGAAGCAUUAUCUGAUCGACCAGCAUGUGUGGAAAAAUAUCGUCGAAUAUUUUUAGAUCUUGUCGUUAAAGUCACUCAAAAAAUGAAUACUUACGGUAAUUUUAAUGAUGAAAUCUACGAUGAUGAUGGCCAAACCGAGUGUCAGAUAUUUUUGAAUAAAAACAUUGAAAUUAUAUCAAAUGUAGCACAUUUGUACCCUGAUGUUUCUAUAUCUGUGGUUGACAACUGGAAAAUUUAUAUUAAUGAUUAUAUAACAAUACUAAAUUCACCAAUGUUGCUGGAAAACUUUAAUAACUCCAAAUGCAUGUUCUUGGUACCAUCUACGAGAACGUUGACUAGUCUUAGUAACUACUAUGAAGACUCCAUGAAAAUUGCAAUUACAAAAAUGCUUAACGACAUAGCUAUUCAAGGCGUUGCCACAACGCCGCUCUAUCAAUUGCCCGUACUACCGUCGACUACGAAAACGUUGAUUCAAAUCCAAAGCGAAAUCCUUACUGCGUUGUCGAGGUGGAUGCAUUUGUUAAACAAUAAUAAACAAUUUUGUAUGGAGCAAAACCGAGAAAAACUGUUUUCCGUUUUGGUCAAUUCGUUGCAAGACACGAGUCAACCUACUCAGAUACACGACGCUUGUGGAAUAUUGUUGCCCACGGUUACCGAACCUAUGCUUACCCAUAUUAGCGAAUACACAUCGCUGCUGGAACUUUUACUCUCGCCAUUUUUAAACGGUUCAAUUUCUUUAAACCAUCUCCAUAAAAAGACUCGUUUGUCAGUACGCGUGACGUCUUUAAAGUUUCUUUUGACUUGUCCCAGCCAAGAGGAAGAGAUCAAAGUUUUGGUCCUAAUGAAUUAUCUAAAGUCGCUUGCACCUUCCGGAUUGAACGAUUUGAAAAUGUUGACCGACGUGCUCGUCAAUAGUGGACCUUACAAGAUGUCUACCAGAAGAAUUAUAUAUCGUUCUAUCGAACCAUUUUUGGUUGAAGCGGUCACACAUCUGAAAAACGAUAUGCAAUCGGAAACUUCUCUUAAAUUGCAUAUGGAUCGAUGUGAACGAGUGAUAACUUUUCUUUCAGAAAUUUACGAAUUACUGCACGACACCAUGUCACCGCAGUUUGUGCAAGUACUCAUGCAGACAUUCGUGGAUUUGGACAUAAUAUGGUCGGCUAGCAUGACGUUGACUAUUAAAAUGCUCGAGGUAUUAUCGUUGAUCGUGAAAAAUUCUUCCAAGUCCAAUAAAGAAUUUACGUCUGCAGUAAUUAAAUUAGCAUUGGAGAAAUUAAUUCCGUUGGUGGCGUCAAAUUGUUAUCCUCCAACAGUGCCAGCACUGUUCAAUUUGCUCUAUUGCAUUUUAAUGUACAAAUGGAGAUAUUUUUUCCCAUCUGCUCCUUCGAUGACUAUGAAUUCCAACAAUGGCAAUAAUAUUGACAACUCUGAACAGUUUACGACAAUUCUAGAAGUUGUAGGAUAUUCAUUUAUGACAAAUGACAUAAGUAUUUUUUCACAGAAUUUAAGAGCAAUCGAAGAACUACAUUCAAAAUGGAAUUUAUACGCAAAGGAUUAUUUUAAGCAUUAUUUCCUAAGCAAGUAUAUGACCGUCCUUCUUAAUAUAAUGGUCAAUAAAAGUCAUACAUUAUUAUGCGAUGAAAUAUCGGUGGCAAUUUACAAUAUGGCGAGUGUCAACUUUGAAUAUUUCUUUUCGAAAUUUUUACCCGAUUACCUCAAGCAGACAGAUAACAUACGUAAUGAUCAACGACAGUUUUUGAGACAAAAGCGCAUGCAACCAGUCAAAGAAUUACCAACGUUUGUGGCUAAUCUAGCACAGUUAACUAACGACAUUCGAUGUUCAAAACAAGUAUAAUAUUUCAACAUUUUUUUUAAUCGACUGAUUUUCAUUUUGACCGUGUACUUCAUCCAUCCAUUAAAAAAUAACUUUUUUUGUUGGUAUUUAGGUGUUGUAAAGAUUAAGUAUUGAUUUAUGACUAUUUUUUUUAUAUUUAACUUGCUAUUAUAUAAAUAUAUAUAUAUAUAUAAAAGAAAAAUAAUUAAAAACGUGUGUAAUCGGUGUUAAAUGUGUAGUUACAGUAACCACCAGGUCAGGAUUUAAUUUUUGGGAUGAGCAACCGUAUACAACAAUUUUAUGUAUUCCCCUUCUUGUAAUAUUAUUAUAUAUUUUUUUAAGAUUUUACGACUUGAUACUUAUAAUAUUAAAUUAUGAUCGUUGUACUUAAACAAAACAAUGUUAUUGGUUUUUUUAAAAUUAGUUUUUACCUAACUUCUUAACUUCAUCCCAGUCGAUAAUUUUGUUGUUGUCGUUAACGUUAUUGUUAUUUAAAAGUAUUCCCAGGAAAGAGUGGAGGGUUUGGUGCAAAAACUAUCAGCACUAACCAUUAAAUUGUUAAUUGAUCACACAAUUCCCCUUGACGAAGCAUUCAAAUAUUGGUGAUUG